AGAGUUUCAGCCUUGUGAGCAUUGAUAUGAGGCACAUCAAAUCACCUAAAGCAACCCCCCUUCCCCUCUCUCCUUCUUACGUCGGUGUUGGCGCGUUGGGAGCCCCCCUACACCAGCCUAUAUAAGUACCCGGCAAUCAUAGUAACUCCACCAGAUUUACGGGCUCCCGAUAUCUGGGCGAGAUACGGCUUUUCAGCAGCCAAACCGACCAAGACUCCGAACCGGAGGAAGUAUCCAGCCAGCCUCCGGUCCGCAGGCGCUUUGGCGGAACCGAAGAGGAAAAGCCGGACAUGUGAGCAUACCAAGACAGAGUUAGACUCUGACCGCAUUCAGGGAAAGACAGUCGGGGCUUUCCUCCAGUCACGCUACAAUCAAAAAUACAUCGCCAAAUUACCUUUUAGCUUCCCCUCGAACAUCGACCACGAUGUACCGUUCCACUAAAGGAGCCUCAAAAGCUCGGAGGGACCAGAUAAAUACAGAGAUAAGGAACCUGAGGGACUUGUUGCCUAUCUCCGAUGCGGACAAGGCACGGCUCUCCUAUCUACACAUCAUGUCCCUUGCGUGCAUAUACACGAGAAAAUCUGUCUUCUUCUGCCAAGAGCCAGAUGCAGCAGGCAGUGCUGAGGAAAGUGCAGGAUUCCUCUCAUUUCAUGAGCUUUCUGAGCUGGUGCAAUCAAUGCCAGGUUUUCUGCUGUUACUGACUGCAGAAGGAAAGCUACUUUACCUGACGGACAGCGUCUCUGAGCACCUUGGACACUCAAUGGUAGAUUUGGUUGCCCAAGGGGACAGUGUGUAUGACAUAAUAGACCCUACAGACCAUGCUAUUAUGAGGAGUAACCUGGUGCCUCCAACUUCCCCUGAUACUGAUCGAUUGUUCCGCUGCCGUUUCAACACUUCCAAGUCAGUGCGAAGGCAGAGUGCUGGCAAUAAGCUUGUUUUGAUUCGAGCUCACUGCUUGCAACCAGUUUCUGGCCAGUCCCCACCAGGAUCCUACUGGACUUCCAAUCCAGUGUGGGUGUGCUUCUGUGCACCUCUGGAACCCCAUCCACCCCGACCCAGCACCUCCACUGAACAACUUUUGAUCCCAUCAUUGGAGAGCAGUUUCCUCCUAGUGUGUUUUCACUCACAGCACAGUCGAGAUAUGAGACUGCAGGAUGCACAUGAUAGUGUCAGUGUUUAUCUGGGUAUGGAUGUGGAGACUCUUCGUUCUCAUUCCUGGUACAGUCUACUCCAUCCACAGGACCUUACGCAUGCUUCAGCUCAGCAUCGCAGCCUAUUGAGAGAAGGAGGAGAAGGUAGAGCUGAAAUGGUGGUUCGUGUGGAGGCUGGGGAUCAUUCAUGGGUUUGGCUUUACAUGGUCCUGCAGCUGGAGACUGGAGAGAACCCUAUCAGCAGCAACAAUUAUGUCAUAAGUGAAUCAGAAGCCUGGGCAGUGAGACAACAACUGAGCUCUGAAGAGACCCAGCUUUCUGUGGUGCUGAGCAGCAGCGCCUCCCAACAAGACACCCUCAGCUUGCAGAGUCCUGAUACACUAUCCAGUCCUGACCAAGUGUUCACACCUGGGAGCAGUGGUCUGUCGGGUCAGUCGUUUGACUUCAGCAUGGCAGUAUGCAGCACAGGCUCUACAGAGGAACAAGGUGCAAGCUCUUCUAUUGAAGCAAUGCCACUGGAAAGUGGCCCACGAUCUAGUCUAUCCUCUCUGGAAGAAGAAACCUUGUUCCAGCAGCCACCCAGUGAAUCAAUGGACAGGCCUUCAGCUGCUUCAUCCCCCGACACAGUUGCAACUGUGUCAGAUUUGGACUUCCUCACUCAGAACAUUCUCCUGCCUCCUGCGUUUCAGGUAGAUCCUCCAUUACCUGCAUUACCCCUCCCUUUACCCCCUGUGCCUACCUCCCAGGCCCAGCAGACUAAGGAGUUUGUGUGUACCCCCCCAUAUACACCUCAGCUAGGGAGCAGCAGCUUUCCCUUUGGAGAACCCCUAUUUAGUUUUGAUCCCACUGGUGCCACCACACCUCCACCCCUUCCAUCUACUGCAACAGUCACAACUACAGUAGCUCCCAGUCUUUCUCCAUCUGCUCCCUCAAACCCUCAGGGUAGUCCUUCUCCUCCAACUACCACACUUUCCACCAUGGUGCCACUCACCCUGCCAGCUUUGUCUACAGAAAUUCUCUUCCCUUCAGAACCAUGCAGUGGCUCACUCUAUGAGAAGCUUCCUCCAACCCCAGACAGUCCAGGUGAUGGGGACUGCACUGUUAUGAGUCUGCCUGAAGUACGCGGUCCACUGUAUGUUGAUGUCCCAUAUGGGCCACUCCCCUACCCACCUGAAGGCCUGCUCACACCUGAAACCUCACCUGGAAAACAACCGAGCCUGUCUUUCUUCUCACUUGAGCAGGAGAGAGAAAAAGAAAGAACUGAGAUCUCACUUUUAGCCCAUCAUAUAAGCACACUAGCUGAGGGCUUCUACCUGGAUCCUCUCCUCUCUAAGCUGUUACCCUCUCCUAUCUCUCCUCGACCUUCAUCUCCAUCACUUGACUCAGAAGGACCUGAGACCAUCUCUAUGCUAGGUGAAUUCUACCCUGUCAAACCCUGGAGAGGUUUGGACCUGCCCAUCUUCCCAGAUGAUGACUCUCUGUUUGAAGAGAGUGUCUUAGAGACCAUCUUCCAAGAUCUCUCCUCACCAUCAAACUCUUCCACCCCUUCCUCUCCCUCCAGUCCUCCCUCUUCCCCACCAACUCCUGAGUGCUGGCAUCCACCCCUGCACUUUGACAGGGUCUCUGCUAUGAGUGCCGGCCACUUCUGUAGCGUCCGAUCGGCGCACUCUAACCACGCGACCGGGUGCGGGGUCACACUGUCACCAGUCAACAAGGUUGACAUAGUGGAUGGGAAGGCGGCAGGCGAAGUUGCCAUGGAGACAGAGGGUGUGUCAUCACCACUGUCAACCAGUAUCCCGGCAUCUCCACCGCUACAGCUGACAGCCUCGCCUGUCACUCCGGUGCCUGUCGACUCACCUGUCAGCCCCGCAUCGCCUGGUCUGCCCUGCGCCCAGUCCCUCCUCGAGGAGCUGGCCGCCUUGGAACCCAUGUUUGGGGCAGGUGCCUCGAUCGCCCCUGGCCUGGGGCAACAAACUGAGUUGUAUCAACUCCAAAGUCACCUGCCACAACAGUGCUUCCACAAAGAUGGGAGUGGAAGUGAUCCUCCGUUCUAAAAUAAGUCUGUGACUUACUUCAUUAAGUAUGGCAUAUUGUCAUAUUUCAUGGAGCUACUUUUACUAAAAAGUGAAGAUUAUUUAACUGUAUAAUUAUAUACAUAAUGUAUAUAAGGAUAAAAAGACUUCCUCAUAUUGCUCAUAUGAGAAAAGAAGAGUCAGUCAUAUUUUGUUCAUGUAUUUCUCCAUGAAUUUAUAUGUCAGGAAUGGUGCACCAUCUCAGCAAUGAUGCAAUACACUAGCUGUGUUGACCAAGUUGUGAAAGCACUUGGAGGUCAGUUUUUGUCUCUGCUUUACUGUAACAUGAGCUUUUAUCAGAGACUAAGAUCUCUUACUUUGCAAGCGUGGCUCAACAUACAGACUUGCAUUUGUAUUCACUCGUAGUGAAAAUACUCUGAAGUUGUGAACUCUGAAGAUGUGAACAUAAAAUCUUACCUUCAUAUCUCAGAUAAAAAACAAUCAGUAUAAAGCUCAACACUUAUUAUGUCAGCGUCACAAACACAAAGCCCAAUGUAUAGAAAAUGUACCUAGCCAUUUAAUAUCAUAACAAGCAAUUUCUAUAGAAAUCUUUUUGUUAUUUAAUAUUUCAAUAUUUAGAUUAGACUUUCUUCAAUGCCAACUGCACUACUAAAUAAGAAAUCCAGGCAACACUGAGCUUUGGGUUUGUGGCUGCUAUGUUCUUUUUUACAAAUCUGUGUAUCAGUGUGGUGUACAAAUGUUUCUUUAAUCUGUGAACAUAUAUAAGCCAGUGUGCAAUAGAGAGAAGUUUCCAGCACUCUUUAAUCAGUCCAGUGGACACCCUUUGGAGAAGAAGCCACCAGCUGACACUGAGAACAACAGACGAUGACUGCACUCCACUGGACUGAUGCUUUGGCUAGUGUUAAAUGGCUCGUUGGUCAGCCAUAUUCAUGGGCAGAUGCAAAUGCACUGGACUUUUGCAGCAUCAAUAUUUGUAAUGCUUGCAAUCUGUUGUUGCUCUUGUAUGCUUCGCACAACCAAGACUUGCUGAACUCAGCCAGGCAGCAUAUUUAUACAGUGAAUACCACAGUAACAUCGUAACUUUACUGUGUGCGGUGUAGAGUGGUGAACAUGACCGCAUGAAUGACCAAUUCUUCUUUUUUGAGAGGCGUUUAAAAAAACCCAAAACAAACAAAAACAAUGUGAACUUUUGUUUUAAAAAAUUGAGUGGACAAUAGGGAUGGGGGUACUAUUUCUAUUCAGUUACUAGUCGACAUGGGAUGAGAAUGGUUCAAUUCCCAUGGUGUCGACAUGCUAACGUAGAGUUGUCUACGGUCAAGUAAAGGAUUGAUUCCUACGUUCUACCUAUUUACAUGCUAAGUUAAAAAAAAUUAUUAUACUGUAUGUGUGCUGUUAUACAGAAUGAAUGUUUGGUGUACAUGCCUCUAGACAGGCAUGUGCUGAGGUUUUAAGUAUGGUAAUAGGAUGUAUACAUUUGUAAAUUUGUACAAACAACAGAUCUGUACAUAACCAGAGACCUUUGUAUUGUAUAUUAUGAAAAGAUACUUGACAUAUGCUCUAUAUGAAGAAUGGACAUUGUGGAUCAGUGUUCUUUAUGUGUCGCUGAUAAGUGUAUUUGGCUGUCAAAAUCAAAUGCAUUUAUAUUAAAGUGCACUUAAACCUG